AUGUUCUGCCGCUAUACACCUCCCUCUGCUAUGUUCUGCAGGUAUACACCUCCCUCUGCUAUGUUCUGCCGCUAUACACCUCCCUCUGCUAUGUUCUGUCGCUAUACACCUCCCUCUGCUAUGUUCUGCCGCUAUACACCUCCCUCUGCUAUGUUCUGCCGCUAUACACCUCCCUCUGCUAUGUUCUGCCGCUAUACACCUCCCUCUGCUAUGUUCUGCCGCUAUACACCUCCCUCUGCUAUGUUCUGCCGCUAUACACCUCCCUCUGCUAUGUUCUGCCGCUAUACACCUCCCUCUGCUAUGUUCUGCCGGUAUACACCUCCCUCUGCUAUGUUCUGCCGGUAUACACCUCCCUCUGCUAUGUUCUGCAGGUAUACACCUCCCUCUGCUAUGUUCUGCCGCUAUACACCUCCCUCUGCUAUGUUCUGCCGCUAUACACCUCCCUCUGCUAUGUUCUGCCGCUAUACACCUCCCUCUGCUAUGUUCUGCCGGUAUACACCUCCCUCUGCUAUGUUCUGCCGCUAUACACCUCCCUCUGCUAUGUUCUGCCAGUAUACACCUCCCUCUGCUAUGUUCUGCCG